AUGUCUGAACGGAAUCCCUGGGAGCUCUUACAUUACAGACUUAAAAUUGCCGUAGUAGAUCCCCCCAUACUCACUAACCUCUCCCUCAAAAAACGUUUUCCCGGCAAAUCAGACGCCAUAGCAGAGUUAAUCUUGUGCACUCUCUGCAACUCAAUCAUCCUUCUAAGUCGGAUUGCUGAACACUUCCGUGUGCGUCACAAGAAGAUCAGUACACCUUCGGCGGAUUCAUGUCCUGUAGUCUUUACGUCGAAUUCGGAUUCAGAGUGCAGUCUUUCAUCUAAACACUCCAAAGACCUCUUCUCUUACUCCUCAAGCUCUACAAAUCUGGGACCCUCUGACACCUAUCGACAAGACAUGCUGCAAGAGUGCUUUCCACAAAGCUGGAAUCACGAUGAUGAUUGUGAACAAACGCCAAGACUCUUUAAUGUCUCCGAUUCUUUUAAAUCCGUCAAUAAUGUUUCGAAUGUUGAGAUUCCAGUAGAUGUUCCGCCUUCCAUUGACGAGGUUGAUAAUGUCAAAAUAGAGGAAGGAAAUAAUACCUCCACAGCACCAGACUUCUUUGACUUCUACGACAUUUUUCCUGACACCUCAGAGCUCUAUGAUGACACAAAUGCCAGUAACAAUGGUGUCGCUGCCACCAUUACCAACAACAAUGACAUCAACUUCGCUGACCUAAAGGAUUCAAACGUCUACUUUAAUGAUCUUUUGCAUUCCACUCAAGGCGGUGAAAUCGGUAAGACCUCUACAGUGGUCCCACACCACGAUCAGACAGUCACGCAACCGAUGAACACUUACCUCUCAACCCUGAACGAGUCGGAGUCAUACCUAACCGUGGGUCGUUCAGAAACUUUUGACUGUCACUCGCACACUCUGGAGACUCCGUCGCCCGAUUUUUUCACCCUUCCUUCCGCUUCCUCCUCCUCUACCUAUUCAGUGGAUUCUAGUGUCUUCAACAACACGGAUGCCGCGUCUUCGCAAUGUUUAAAUACCUGCUUCCCUGACCAGUCUGUAUACGCUAAAAACUAUGAGAUAAAGUCGCCACCUACUGUUAUGCCAAUCUUGGUGCGGUUUAGCAAUACAACUCCUGCACGUAUUCAUGGUGAAAAUGACGUGGAGGUGGAACAGGCCGUCGCAUCCAUUGUCAAUCUAGACGAGCAACCGACAGACAAGAAGAUCAGCGAAAAUAAGUCAGCACCUGGACAGCCCACGGACGAACAAAAACCAACGGUCGUCCCCGAUCAUUCUGCUUCUAAUGGCUGGGUAGAGAACACAGCUGUAGGUGGUGGGACGGCUGAUAUUGACUGGGAGAUAUGGGAUUCGUUGGAGCUGCCCGCUUGUGACUACAUCGAGGGAGAUACUAGUGAAAGUCUACCAUUACUCAAACCGAAUGAUCUACUUUCCAGUUUAGAACCUUAUCUCCCCGAAUCCAACGAGUCACAGACACCUUUUGAAAUGUCUGUGCCUUUGGAGGCCUGUCAACUUCAUCAACAACAACAGCAACAGCGGGAACAGCAACGGGAGCAAACGCAGGUCACACAGACGGUUUUCCCUGUUGAACAAUCCGUUGUAGUGGCCGUGACUACUAGCGAGCAGCAGAUAGUCAAACCCACACCCUCAGCAACCGAUUCAAAGUCCACGAAGGGCGAGAACAGUUCUCGGUCCAGGCGAUCUAUGGAUUCUCUGAAUGGCUCCCUUCCGCUGCACUUGUGGCCCUUCGAUCCGCGUCUACAUUGUGGUGUUCAACGUGAUGGAACGGUGUGUCGACGAAGCCUUCUCUGUAAGGUGAGUUGCGUCCCCUCCCCCUUCGGCCUAAAUUACCCAAUCCUUGACCUGGAAGUCGGCGCAAGUGCUCCGCGUCUAGACAGACAGCCUUUCACCCUCUCCUUCGACAUUCAGAAUCGGCGAGACCUUAAGGGUUAG